UUGUUGAGUAUGGUCGGACUCUGACUUGCUCUCCGAAGGGGAAACGUCGUCGAAGUUUUCCUGGGUAUCUAAUAUAUACAUUUUUUUCGGGUUUUUUUUUCAUUGUGUUGUGUUUAUUCUUGAUUGGGGUUUAUUUUUUUCUGGUACCUUUUUAUUUUGUUGUCGACUUGAUUCGGUCGUCGUGGUCGCCGCGCUGCGAGAAGAAGGAAGGAGGUACCCGAUCAAGCGGAAAGAUAGCCUGAGGCGUGUGGAGCAGCAAAAGCGAAGAACCCCGAAAGGGUUUUCUCCACUCUUUCUCGAGAAGAAACAAGUCGCGCGGCGGUGGGCCAGCGUGUAAGCGAGAAGUGCUGCGGGAGAAGCUGGCUGACUGAACGAACAGCAGCCGCAGACGAAUACGCUGCUAACUCUUUGCGCCGUUCCAUCACAUACCUACUUCUUGUUGUUGCUCGUUUGAUCCCGCAGUCGAUUUUCUUCAACUUGUUUUGUUGUUGGAGUUGAUGGCUGGCUAGUAGCGGCAGUCCAAGAUCCAACUCAGACUCAGGCUCAAGCAGCUCAGAUUGUGCUCUGGGUUGAUGGUUGUGUUGUAUGUGUGAUGUGUUCUUUUGCCUGCUUGCGUUUCGCGUUCAGUUUUUCGAUUUUUACAUUCGGUGAAACUUGACUUUGGUGCGCGAAUUACGGGCCACUAGACGUCGUCGUCGUCGUCGUUCGCAGUGAGAAGUAGAUGUUCUACGCGGGGCGUGAAACGUAUGCCAUACAGCAUAGUAGACGUGUGCAGUCGUGACACGAAGUGCGCGAUUCGAUUGGAUCAACUAAAGAGUGUUCAACAGAAAGAUUCGCUACUUUUUUUUCUUCUGGGGUAUUUGAUUGUGUGAUCUCUAUAAUUUGCUACAACAUCUCAGCAAGCUACUAGCAAGGUGAAGUGCGAUGCCUACUACGACUGGAUCUCGAUGCGUUUAGCACAGUAUCGAAGCCGUGAUCCGAUCAUCAUCUCAAGAGUGCUGGGCUGGGUGUGCUUUGGAAAUUUAAAAGCAAUUGAUAUUUAGCAAACGCAAACACACUGCGUGUCUGCUAGCGAGAUAGCGAGGAGGAGCAGAGAAGAAGCUAGAAAAAAAAACGGGAACGCGCAGUGUUUAACGAGAAAUAAUACAAGAAACAUGAAAUAAAGAAGCAAGUUGUGAGGUACAAAACGGUGUAGCAAAGUGGAAAAAAAGUUGUUUGAUCGUGCUCUCGACGGUCGAUGACAAAAGUGAGAAGAAGAAAAUUUGCCAUAAUUGAGAGUUAAGUCGGAGGAAUCAAGUGAAGUCGAUUGAAACGGGGCAAAAAGAGCCAGACGAUUUUUGCUCAAUCAAUGAUUUUUCCAACCUACCUACAACCUACUGCUUUCUGCAAACGUAAUGAAAUAGCUUAGCUGUACCGAGAGUUACCGCACAGGUGCAAAAGCCAAUGAAAAACGACCGAACGCCCCGGUCAGUGCAGUGAAAUAUUGCGUAUUUUGUUUUCUGCCGUAGUCAGUCGAAUUUGGAGAAUAAAAAUACACAAAUAAUUGAUCGGAUCGUAUGCGCACGAGCGUUUUUCGGAAACUAAGUGCCUUCUCCCAUACCGAUAUACCGACGUAUAGGUAGGUGCGCUACGCUUCACACGUACACGACGCAAUAGGAUAGAUACGUCGUCGUCGUUGUCGGAAAAACGCGAAGUAUAAAUUUAAAAAUCAAAUUGCAACCUAAGCUGUGUGACCAAACGCGACAUCCAUCGUCGCGGCCAAGAGUAUCAACAUCAUCAGCAAUGCCAGAGCUCUACUAGGCGCGUCUACUAAGGAAGAGAAGAAAAAAACAGCAAGCAGCAAAAAAUAAAGAAAAUAAGAAUAUUUACACACGCGCGCGGCUGGUUAUUCUGCCAUCACAGCAAAGUUGACGGAAAAAUAAGAGCAUCAUCGCAAGACCAGGACGGACUUAAGAGAAAUAAAGGAAGCCAAAUUAAGAAAAGCUAAUUUUAUCGCUUUAAACCAAGUCGCCAGAAGAAGUCUCGAGUCGAACGCGCUCAACGCUGCUCAAGUCGUUGCCGUAGACCCAACAACAAGAUCUCCACGGACAUACGCGCGCGGCACGGCGAGAAUAUCGUGAGACGUUGAAGCAACAACAGCAACAAAACACUCAGCAAUAAGUAAACGCGCAUACACACACCCAUUCGCCAGCAGCUCUCGCGUGCGCCGUUCUCUUAGAAAGAAAAUAAAACACGUAUAGCAGUAAAUAUAUGCAGCAACACAGAGGAGAAGAAAAAAAAACUGCACCACGAAUCCCCCCGAGAAACACACAAGAUGGCGUUCAGCAGCAGCAACAACAACAACUCCGCUAACAACAACAACACAAAUACCUCCGGAGGAGCCGAGGAGAACGAUGGGUCCAACAAAAAGAAAAACUUGAUAAUUCUGGUGGAUAAAGACUCGAACGAUAAGCUAAACGAGCUGUUCGAUAAAACACUCAGCAAUAAAUUACCGCUGCAAAUUCCCUACCGCAUGCGAAAGUUGCCGGACUCGUUCUUCAAGCCGCCCUCGUCCGGCUCCAAAUCGCCCUCGAUUUCACAUUCGCGAGAAAAUUCGGCAGACUCGGCCUUCGGGUCCGGGACCACCAUCCUGGGUGGGGUCACUACCGGCCCGAAUGGGCUCCCGAUUCACCACAGUCGGGCGCACAGCAGUCCGGCCUCGCUCGGCAAGAUCCCGGCAGGGCUGGUGGCCAGUCUCACUGCCGCUGCCGCCGCCUCCAAUGCCUCCGGAAACAGCGGCGGUAAAAGCGGUGGACAGAACAACGUGGGUGGUGGUGGCGCAGCAGAUGCCAGUAGCCUCGGGGCAGCCGUUGCCCAGCAAUCGGGGGGUCUCACGAAGCAGGCGCUACAGAAUCUGCACAGCCGGGGCCGCUCGUACGACGUGUCCAAUCUGCACUUUGGCGAGCUGCCACCCGGCUGGGAGCAGGCCAAAACACAGGACGGGCGCAUCUACUACAUCAAGUAA